AUGGGGUUCCUGGGCGUGUACCGGGCCAGUUACGACUACGCCGCCCAGGCCGAAGGCGAGCUGGCCAUCACCGAAGGCGACCUGCUGUAUGUUCUUGACAAGAAAGGCGACGAUGGCUGGUGGAAGGCCAAGAAGAAGGCCGGCGCCGACGACGACGACGAGCCCACUGGCCUCGUGCCCAACAACUAUGUCGAGCAGGCCCCUUCCUUGAGCCACGCCCGUGCUCUCUACGACUACACACGCCAGACCGACGAGGAGCUCUCCUUUCCCGAAGACGCGCAGCUCGAUGUCUUCGAUGCCACGGAUCCCGAUUGGAUCCUCGUCGGCCUCGACGGUGAAUACGGCUUUGUCCCAGCCAACUACAUUGAUCUGGACGCAGCUGACGAGGCUCCCGCUCCACCCUUGCCCCCGGCUCCCCCACAACUGCCCGCGAGGCCACCACAACCUGAGCCAGCGGUGCCGGAUAGUCCGGUCGAGCCAUCGCCGCCUCCCGCAAAUCCGGCCGCUACCCUCGCCGGUGUCAUGCACGCCCGGGCGGCAUCACAACAGGCCUCGCCCCCUCCCCAACCUGCCCGGAACCCCGCCCCGUACCAGGAGCCCGAAGACUUCGACGACCAACCCAUUCGAUCCCCCGCGCUGCCCACUCGACCACGGCCGCUCUCGCCGCAAUCACCCACAUAUGACGAGCCAGGUUCCCCCGUCAUCCAGACUCCCCGGGACAAUACUCGAACGCCCGGGGGCUUCCACAUGUACAAUAUUAAUGAGAUGGUCUCGAUCAUGGGGAAGAGGAAGAAGAUGCCCACAACCCUUGGCAUAAACCUCUUGACAGGAACGAUCCUCGUGGCCCCGGAGCACGUCCAGGAUGGUCCCUCGCAAGAGUGGACCGCUGACCGCAUGACCCAUUACUCGCGUGAGGGCAAACAUGUCUUCAUGGAACUUGUUCGACCAAGCAAGAGUGUCGAUUUCCAUGCCGGAGCUAAGGACACUGCCGAGGAGAUUGUCAACGCCCUGGGUGAAUUGGCUGGUGCCGUGCGUGCUGAAGGACUCCGAGAGGUCAUCAUGGCGGGCUCUGGUAAGAGCAGAAAGAAGGGUCAGAUCCUCUAUGACUUCAUGGCCCAGGGUGAAGACGAGGUGACGGUUGCUAUCGGCGACGAGGUCAUCAUUCUUGACGAUGCCAAGAGUGAGGAGUGGUGGCAAGUGCGGCGCCUCAAGAACGGAAAGGAAGGUGUUGUCCCAAGCAGCUACAUCGAGAUAUCUGGCACUAUCACGCCCCCGCCCGGAGGUUACUCGGCCAAGUCCAUGGUCGAGCAGAAUAGAUUGGACGAGAUCAGGUUGACAAAGGAGGCUAUGAAAGCCAGCAAAGAACCGCAGCAGGUAGGGCCGGGAAUGCCUCUUCCUGAACGAGGCAGCAGUCUCAUGGCGAGAAAGAAUGGUAAUAAUUCUGGACAGCAGCGAAGUCGGCGAGAGAAUGGACGAAGCGACGGCAACGGCCAGCCCAAGUCCAAGCCAAAACCGGAUGCGUCCAAAGUGCGCACCUGGACAGAUCGAUCUCAAUCAUUUAGCGUCGAGGCACAGUUUUUGGGCCUCAAAGAUGGCAAGAUCCACUUGCACAAGAUGAAUGGCGUCAAGAUCGCAGUCCCCAUCACCAAAAUGUCCCGCGAAGACCUUGAGUACGUCGAAAACUUUACUGGUAUUUCUCUAGAAGACGAUAAGCCCCUGGCGGAUGUGAAACGGGCUAGAACUGCUGAGAAGAAGGCGCCUGAGAAGGCAGGCGUGACAAUUGACAAAUCGCCAAAGUCCGACUAUGACUGGUUUCAGUUCUUUUUGUCUUGCGAAGUUGCCGUGGGCCUCUGCGAGCGCUACGCCCAAGCGUUUAUCAAGGACUCGAUGGACGAAAGCGUGCUGCCCGAUGUCGACGCCAAUACUCUACGAGCUCUGGGCCUCCGCGAGGGCGACAUUAUCAAAGUCGUGCGUGCCCUAGACGCCAAGUAUGGACGCAACCGAGGCGGCAAGCGGAGCGUUAGUUUCGCAUCUGACGGCGCCGAUGGGGACGGUGCAGCAGGGGGGUUGUUCUCGGGGCCUGGAGGCACGCUGCGAAACAACACACGCAAGGGCCGGCCAGCGCCCGCAGUACAAACAAGCAAUGUCGUCGAUGCCAAAGCCUUCUCCAAGUCGGAGCAGUCAGGGGCUAGUGACGACGAUGCCAGGUCUCCAGCACCGGCCAGCCCAAGCAACGCGGCCCCCAGCUCUCGCCAAACGGCCACGGGCGGGUUUGACGACGACGCAUGGGAUGUGAAGCCUAGCAAGCAACAGCCACCCGCAGAAUCCAAGCCGAAGCCGCCGCCAGAGGCUUCGUCGGCCACGCCGCCGGCCACCCAGGCCCUGACUGGCUCCAUGAAGGAGCUGUCCCUGUUGACCGCGCCCCUUGAGCCGACCAAGACGGAGCCGACGCUGCCGGCAGCCAGGCCUGAAGCUGUGACGGAGCAGCCAGCGCCAGCCGUAGCUCCUCCGCAAUCUUUGCCCGGCGCCAGCCCGUCAUUCUUCUCGGCUGUGUCUCAGUCCCAGCAACCCGCCCAUGCCUCACCCCAGGCCAUGCUACGGCAACGACCUACUCCUCCCCAGACGCUACAAAACCAAAGCUCUUUGGCACCACCGCCACCCCAGCGGCCACUGUCGGCUCCGCAGUCGGCCCAACCCAGCGCCUUCUCACCCCCGCCCCUGAUGCCCCAGAUGACGGGCUCCUUGCAGGGACAGGUAGCGCCGCCAGGGCAGAGUCUCCUCGAGAUCAACCAGGCUCGCCUUCAGCAGCAGUACACAGCGCAGAUGCAGCAGCAACAGCCCUUGCAACCUAUGCAGCCUAUGCAGCCUAUGCAGCCCAUGCAGCCCAUGCAGCCGACUAUGACCGGGUACCCAACCCAAGGCAUGGUCCCGUUCCCUACCGGCGCAUCGGCGCAGUUUAUGCAGCCCAUGAUGACGGGCGCACCAGGACCGAAUCAGUUUGCACCAAUCCCGGGCCAGGCUACUGGCUUCCAGCCCUCAUUCCCCGUUGCGCAGUCCAUGUACGGCCAACCCGCUCCCGGAGGUGUCAACAGCUACCUCCCUCCGCCACUGGAGCCUCAGCGAACGGGGAUGCCUGUUCUACAGCCCCAGGCAACCGGCCUUAUGGGCAUCAACGGCCCAAUACCCCCCCAGCCUCUACAACCACAGCAGACUGGCCCCGCGCCUGCCAUUCGCUUUGGCGUGACGGGCGACGCCAACAAGCUCACUCCCCAGGCAACCGGGCGCAGGGCCAACCUAGCGCAAGCAACCCCCCAAAAUCCCUUUGGUUUCUAA